AGGGCGGCGGGCGCGGCGCGCGGCGCGGGUGAUGCCGGUGCGCAAGGGGCUGCUGGCGCCCCAGAACACCUUCCUCGACACCAUCGCCACGCGCUUCGAUGGCACACACAGCAACUUCGUGCUGGGCAACGCGCAGGUGCCCGCGUACCCGAUCGUGUACUGCUCCGACGGCUUCUGUGAGCUGACAGGCUGGGCGCGCGCGCACAUCAUGCAGAAGGGGUGUGCGUGCAAGUUCCUCCACGGUCCCGACACGCGGGACGACCACCGACACGAGAUCGACGCAGCCCUAGACUCCAAACAUGAGUUGAAGCUAGAACUCAUAUUCUACAAGAAAAAUGGCUCCCCUUUCUGGUGUUUGCUCGACAUUGUGCCAAUUAAAAAUGAGAAACGGGAGGUGGUGCUGUUCCUGGCCUCGUUCAAGGACAUCACCAAUACGAAAAUGGCCGCCAUGAACACUAACGAGGAGUUCGACAGCGGAGCCGCGGUGCGGCCGUCGGCUGGUGUGGUCACUCUAGCGUUAUCCCCAUUUGUACCCGCAGCGGCACUCUUGGGCGCCCGGUUUCGAGCUGAAUCUAGUUGCCUACUUCCAGACCCCAAUGGCAAUCUUGACCCGGAAGCCCCCUCGCCCGCUAACAUGGGCAGGCGGCGCUCCAGGGCAGUUCUUUACCAGCUUUCAGGACACUAUAAACCGGACAAAAUGAAGACCAAACUUAAACUCAACAAUGUUAGUAAGAACCUUCUCCACUCGUCGGACCCGCCGCUCCCCGAGUACAAAACAUCGGCCAUCAAGAAGUCCCGCUUUAUAAUAUCACAUUACGGAGUGUUUAAGACGUUUUGGGACUGGUUGAUACUGAUCGCGACUUUUUACGUGGCCGUGGUUGUGCCGUACAACGCGAGCUUCGUGGACGAGGGUCAUCCACGGAUAAGCGUGACCAGUGAUGUGGUUGUCGAAGCUUUGUUUAUUAUUGAUAUAGUUCUCAACUUCCGCACGACGUUCGUGAGCAAGAAGGGCGAGGUGGUGUCGGACUCUAAGGCAAUCGCACUCAACUACAUCCGCAGCUGGUUUGUCGUAGACCUGCUGGCGGCGCUGCCCUUCGACCUGCUGUAUGCGUCGGACGUGUAUAGUGGAGCGGAAUCAACCCACGGCAACGUCCACCUGGUGAAGCUAACCCGUCUGCUCCGGCUGGCACGACUGCUGCAGAAGAUGGACCGGUACUCGCAGUACUCGGCGCUGAUCCUGACGCUGCUCAUGCUGUCCUUCACGCUGGUCGCCCACUGGCUCGCCUGCAUAUGGUUCAUCAUAGCAGAGAAGGAGAUAGAACAUCAUAAGAACGAUAACUGGGAUUUGGGUUGGAUAAACAAUCUAGCGGAACGGCUGAAAGUACCGAUCAUCAACAUCUCCCACAGCGAGAGCUACGUCACAGCUCUGUACUUCACUUGCUCCUCUCUCACCAGCGUCGGCUUCGGCAACGUGUCCGCCAACACGCUGCCAGAGAAGAUAUUCAGUAUACUCACCAUGCUCAUAGGAGCACUCAUGCACGCCGUGGUGUUCGGUAACGUGACAGCCAUCAUCCAGCGAAUGUACUCCCGGCGCUCCAUGUACCAGAGCAAGUGGCGCGACCUGAAGGACUUUCUCACCAUCAACCAGGUGCCCAAGGAGCUGAAGCAGCGCAUGCAGGACUACUUCCAGACGAUGUGGUCGCUGAACCACGGGAUUGAUAUACAUGAGACUCUGAAGGAAUUCCCGGAAGAGUUGCGAGGGGACGUUUCGCUUCACCUGCACCGGGAGAUUCUCUCCCUGCCGAUAUUCGAGUCGGCCUCCCAGGGCUGCCUCAAGCUCCUGUCCCUGCACAUUCGCAACAAUUUCUGCGCGCCCGGCGAGUACCUAGUGCAUAAGGGCGACGCCCUAUCGUACAUCUACUACAUUUGCAACGGCUCCAUGGAGGUCAUGCAGAAUGAUAUGGUCGUGGCUAUACUUGGUAAGGGUGACCUAGUGGGCUGCGACAUGAACACGCACCUGCACGCCUACAACGGAGUUUCAGGCGGACAGUCCAACAACCCAGACGUUGUAGUCAAAUCCAGCAGCGAUGUCAAGGCGCUCACGUACUGCGACCUGAAAUGCAUCAACAUGAUCGGCCUUGCUGAAGUGUUGAGGUUAUACCCGGAGUACCAGCAGGAGUUCAUACACGACAUCCAACACGACCUCACAUACAACCUGCGGGAGGGAUACGAGGUGGAACAGGAGUCGGACGGCAACGGGCAUCCUUCAUUGACAUUACCGUCAAUAUCGGAAGACGAUGAGAAUAUAGCUGACGAGAAUCACUCCCCGAAGAAGGCUUUGGUGACGUCCACGAGUAGUCCACGACAUGCGAAAUUCAGGUUGGACGGUCAGCGGCUAACGCACAGGGAGCUAAGGGAGCGUAUAGAGAGACAGCGCUCUGUCGCCACGCCCAAGGUUACCCGAGCAGACUCGCUGGAGGGACUGAACUUGGAGGUGCACAACACUCGCUCGUCAGUAGACAGGCUGGACACGCAGGUGUCGAGCCUGCACCACGAUGUCGCUGCGUUGAGUAUGGAGGUGCGUCACGCGAUCCAGGCCCUACAGGAGAUGACGGGUCCGGUGUGGCACGCGGCGCACUCCAACCCCAACCUGCAGUGGAACGCGCCACCCAACCAGCUCGCGCGCUCCUGCAGCCAUCCCCCUGACGUGUUCUGCUGGGACCAGCAGGAGCGUCCAAUUAGCCCGGAGCGGCCGAAAAUAAGUCGGUACACGCAGACCGAGUCCUUUCUCCAGUGCGUGACGCAAUACAUCAUGGAGCAUCCGGCUACGGUCAUGCUCCUUUUGGGUUUGGAACCCAUGCCGAACUUGGCUCCAGUACUCGCGCCAGCUGAGUACUACGACCCUCGGAACCGGCGGCCCAGCGGGCUGGAACAGAUUAUAGAGACGGAGAACGGCAGUCAGACGCCCAGUUCCGCAAGCGAUAAGGAGGUAAGGAGCCCCGCCACUAGCGUCAAAGAGUUCGACGUGGAGGAGCACAGGGAAAGAUCAGACGCGGACACCGCUAGGAUUAAACGCAACAGGUACUCUACUAGUGAUCUGUGUGACGUCACCGAGAGGCUGCUUCCCCCCGCGCCCCCCAGCUCCUACAGCCUCAAGAAUAUCAAUAGUUAGGUUGAAUAAUUCCAUUCUGCUCAUUUAUCGAAAAUCUAGUGUUCUCGAUGUGUAGCUUUAAAUGUUAAUACAGUCGGAAACUAAAGUGAUAUUGCUCUAUUUUUUACUUCGAAUUUAAACACUAAAGAAAACUGUGUCAAAAGCCUAUAAUAUCAUAUU